AUGGCCUUCACACGUGAGACUACCGGCGUCGAAGUCGUCAACGAAUUGGCGGACAGAGCGGCAGGCAAGACCAUCGUCAUUACAGGAGCCAGUGACAAAGGUCUGGGCGGCGAGACAGCGAUAGCCCUUGCACAUGCGAAGCCGACGCACCUGAUUUUGCUUGCGAGGCAACAAUCGCGCGUCGAGCCCGUCAUCUCACAGAUCAAGGCUCUGAACCCCGACGUCAAAGUGACAUUUGUCCCCGUCUCGCUAGAUGACCUCGAUUCCGUCCGCAAGGCUGCAGACACCAUCGACAAUGCGGUGGACAAGCUCGACAUCCUGAUCAAUAAUGCCGGGGUCAUGGCCAUCAAAGAGUACACGACCAACAAAGCCGGCAUCGAACUACAAUUCGCCACCAACCACCUGGGCCAUUUCUUGUUCACCAAGCUGCUCAUGCCCAAGAUCUUGGCCGCCGGCCCUGGAGCCAGAAUCGUCAAUCUGACCAGUCUGGGCCACAAGAUCGGCCCUGUGCGCCUUGACGACUACAACUUCUCCAACGGCGCCGAGUACGACCCGUGGUCGGCCUACGGGCAGUCCAAGACUGCCAACAUCCUUUUCACGGUGGCGCUGGCCAAGAAACUGCACGACAAAAACAUCUUCAGCUUCGCCGUGCACCCGGGUAACAUUUUCAGCACGAGUCUGGCGUCCCACCUGGCCGACUUUGGGGCCGAGAUCGACGAGAUCAAGGCCGCUGCUCUGAGAAACACGGGCCGUCCAUUCCCAAUUGAUGCAGAGGCGCCCAAGCCGAUCGAGCAGGGCAUCACGACUACGCUGGUCGCGGCCCUCGAUCCGACCAUUGAGUCGCAGAGUGGUAGUUAUCUCGCGGAUGCGCAAAUCGCGCCUGCUUACGAGUAUGCGACCAGUGAAGAGAACGCCGACCGUUUGUGGAAGUUGAGUGAGAAACUGGUCGGGGAGAAGUUUGACAUAUAA